CCAGGUUUGUCGCCCCAGUCGAGCCAGUCCUGACGAGUAUAUAAUAGCUGGGCGUGGAGAGAUUGUUCUUGUUGGCAGACCACAUCUUCGGAUCUCCUUCCAGCUCCUUGCCUUUCACCAUGGACCGCAUCACGCAGCCUGAACAGCACCCGCAGGCACCCGUCAAACAAGACGCUGCAAUGGCACUUGAGGAGAUAGAACAAGGCGGUUACAACUACAAUGAGGUGGCCAAAGACUCGACCCAUUGGCUUCAACUUACCCGUGAUGCGAAGCAAGCCACGGCGAAUGAGCAUUCCAUGACCAUUUGGGAAGGUCUGACAGCAUACAAGAAAGCCGUUUUCUGGUCAUUCUGCUUUUCGUUGACAAUUAUCAUGGACGGAUACGACACUGCCUUUCUGGGGAGCCUGUAUGCCCAACCUGCAUUUCAAAGAGACUUUGGAAGGCCAUAUGAUGACGGAACAAAAUAUCAAGUCACGGCCAGGUGGCAAACCAUGCUGAACAUCCUCGGCUUUCUCGCCACGAUCAUUGGUGUCUUCCUUGACGGUUGGUUGUCGGAUAUUUUCGGUCGCAAGAAGGUUGCACUGGGAGCCCUUCUUGUCGUCAACGGCACCAUCUUCUGUCAAUUCUUUGCAAGCUCCUUGCCAGUAUUGCUGGUGGGCCGAAUGCUGUCCAGUGUACCCUUCGGUAUCUUCGCAGCGUCGGUCAAUACCUAUGCGGCUGAAAUCUGCCCGGUCGUCCUUCGUGGAUACCUGACGACAUACGUCUGCCUUUGUUGGAUCUUGGGACAAUUCGUCUCCUCUGGCGUCACGUACAGCGUGUCAGGCAUGACAAGUCAAUGGGCAUACCGAAUUCCCUUUGCCGUGCAGUGGGCCUGGCCACUGCCGAUCUUUACGGUGCUUCUGUUCUGCCCAGAGUCGCCGUGGUGGCUGGUGAGAAAGGGCAGAUACGCUGAAGCGGAACGUACCGUCAAAAGGCUCUGCAAUGGCAAGCAUGCUGAACGAGCAAAGGAGACGGUAGCCAUGAUGAUUCACACCAACCAACUCGAGCAGGAAGUCGAUGCUGGCGCCUCUUACUGGGACUGCUUCCGUGGAAUCGACUUGCGAAGGACCGAGGUAGCCUGCAUUGCGUACGGCAUCCAAGCACUCAUCGGCUCCCCUUUGCAAGGCUAUACCACGUACUUCUUUGUGCAAGCCGGUCUCCCAACCUCAGACGCAUUCAAACUCAACAUUGGCAACAACGCCCUCUCCGUGGUCGGCACAGUGCUUGCGUGGCCCUUGCUCUCAUACGUUGGUCGACGAACGAUCUUCAUGUACGGGCUUCUCUGCAUGACAAUCCUGUACUUCGUCAUCGGAUUUGUUUCACUUUCCAACAGCGGGGGAGCAGCUUGGACCCAGUCGGUGUUGUUGAUGGUGUAUCUUUUUGUGUACUCGCCAUCUGUUGCUGCAACCUUGUACACCAUUGUCGGAGAAGCAGGAUCGACGAGACUUCGAGGCAAGACCGUUGCAUUGGCCCGAGCUACGGCAUACAUUAUCGAUAUUGCGAUCUAUCCAAUUCCGGCAUUUGCACUGAACCCAACAGCAUGGGGCUGGGAAGGAAAAACGGCAUUUUUCUUUGGCGGCCUGUGUAUUCCAUGUCUGAUAUGGGUGUUUUUCAGACUUCCUGAAACAGGUGGAAGGACAUUCGAGGAACUUGAUAUCCUGUUCGAGAAGCGAGUUCCCGCGAGGAAGUUUGCCAGCACCAAGAUUGACGCUUAUCACGCAUAUGAUGAGAUGGUGGAGGAUCUGAAGGCAAAAGAGGAUAAUUAGGUCGAAGAGGAGCCACGGGGUCCGGAAGGAGGUGUGACAUCUAGACCCGGCAAGAUCACUGAUCAUCAGACUGCUCCAUGCAGAUUGCGUGUAGCUGCAACCAUGUUC